AUGCCGAGCAAAGCAGGCACCAAGCAGUCGUCGCUGCUGGGCUUCUUUUCCAAGGCCCCGGCAUCGCAGAUACCAGCCAGAUCAGCCGCAUCCCCCCCACGAUCGGCUGCAGGCCCUGCCCCAGCAUCCAAACCAGACUCAAAGAGCGUAGCCAAGGCUGCCUCGCCGCUCAACAAGACAAAAGGACAGGCGCAAGCGCUCGACACACCUCCUCCCAGCGAGCAUCGAUCGAGCUCGCGCGCCUCUCGCUCCGACGCCAAAUCUGCUCCCAACAGUGCGGCUUUAGAGGCUCCUUCUUCCUCUCCCACCUACCACCGUUCGAGCUCCCUAUCCACCGACAACCUCCUUCCCACCACACAAGCGCAGGCAGCCACAAAGCCAAGGCCCAGCAAAACGUCCGACUCUGAAGAGCUCACUCCGCCUCCAAGCAGCGACGCCGGCGACAUGGACAUCGACGAGGACAUCGACGAGGACGACGAGGUCGAGCAGCCACUCUUCCGUCGACGCGCCGUAGCAAAGCGACCCGUCACAUAUGCCGAAUCCGACUCGGAAGGCCAUGCCGCCGUCGACAGCGACAGCGAAGACGACAUGCCCACCCGCAAGCGCUCCUCGGCCAAACGCGCGCGCAGGUCCCGCGACGAGGACGACUUUAUCGUUCCCGACGACCACGACGAAGACGACGACCUUCCCAUGGAUGCCGCAGCCAUCUCUGACGAAGACGACGCGCCUGCAGCGUCGGAGGAGAGCGAUGCCGACGACUUUGCUCCGGCGUCCAAGCGCAGCAAAGUCAAGAAGCAGACGAGCAAGUCGAGCUCUUCUCCGCCAGCCUCCUCGCGGCCAGGUCCCACUUCCGCACUGUCCAACUUUGCCAUGGGUCGUGGCGCUUCGGGCUCAUCUCCAUCGGUGGGUCGCAACGGUGCCAGCAACGGCGGUCCCCGCAGCGGCCCAUCGUCUGCGAGCCUGUCUCACCUGACCAAGGCCGAGCGCCGCGUCAUCGAGGAGAAGCGCAAGCGCGCCGAGAACGAGCAGGCGUACAGCUUCCUCGUCGACCUGCGCGACAAGGACGGCAACCGCCCUGGCGACGCAGAAUACGACUCGCGCACCGUCUUCAUCCCCAAGUCGGCCUGGAAGGAUUUCACGCCGUUCGAGGAGCAGUUCUGGCGCAUCAAGCAGAACCACUGGGACACGGUGCUCUUCUUCCAGAAGGGCAAGUUCUACGAGCUAUACGAAGAGGACGCGCUGAUCGGACAUCGCGAGUUCGACCUCAAGCUCACCGACCGCGUCAAGAUGAAGAUGGUCGGCGUCCCCGAAGCCUCCUUUGACAUCUUUGCGGCCAAGUUCCUCGCGCUCGGCUACAAAGUCGGCCGUGUCGACCAGACCGAGACCGCCGUGGCCAAGGGCAUGCGAGUCGGCGAGCGUUCGCGCGGCGGCGGCUCCGAGAUCGUCAACCGUGAACUCCGCCACGUGCUGACCAGCGGCACCAUCGUCGACGCGGCCUCGCUGCCCGACGACCUCAACAGCUACUGCGUGUCGAUCAAAGAAGAUGCUUCGGCCGGGCGCAAUGGGCCGCUCUUUGGUGUGUGCACGCUGGAUGCAUCCACAGCCGAAUUCAACCUCACCGAGUUCGAGGACGACGAGUCGCGCACCCGACUCGAGACCCUGCUCCGUUCGCUUCGUCUCAAGGAAGUGCUCCACGAGAAGGCCGGACUCUCGCCGCAGACUCUGCGCGUCCUGCGCAGCACCGUACCGAGCACGGCACAAAUUACCAUGCUCAAGCCCGGCGUCGAGUUCCUGGAGCCAGAGACCACCUUGAGGAAACUCAACGCGCUCUUCAACCCCGAUGUGGACGCCGAGGCUCGCAUCGAGGCGCUCGAACCCGUCGACCCCGCGCUCCUCCCGGAAGGCAUCGCCUCGAUGGUCGACCGCGCAUGUGCCAUGUCGGCGCUCGGCGGCAUGCUCUGCUAUCUGGCCCAGCUCAACCUGGAUCGCGACCUGUGCUCCAGCCGCAACUUCAACAUCUUUGACCCGCUCAAGCAGGACAAGUGCUUGGUGCUCGAUGCACAGUCGCUCACGCAUCUCAACGUCCUGCAAAAUGACGAGGGCACAGAAGAAGGCACGCUCCACCGCCUCCUCAACCGUUGCGUGACGCCAUUUGGCAAGCGUCUCUUCAAGAUCUGGUUGGUGGCACCCCUCGCGACGGCAGACUCGAUUCGAGCGCGUCAAGACGCCGUCGAAGACCUGCUCAAGUAUCCCGGCUUCGGCGAUGAAUUUGAAACAUUUGGCAAGACGCUGCCCGACAUCGAGCGCAUCGUGCCUCGUGUGCGCGCAGGCAAGUGCAGGCCGCGCGACUUCACCGCCGUGCUCAAGGCUCUCACCCGAUUCGAAAAGUUCGUCCGACAGCUUCGGGCCCAGUGCGACGGCUUCGAGACUGCGGUGAUCAGCGACCUGCUCGACUCCAUCCCGGCGGUCUCGCCCAUCGCGCGCGAGCUGCAGUCGAGCUUCAGGAUGACCGAGGACGGCUCCUUCAAUCCGAUCGAGGGCGCUUUCGAGCCGUACGACCGCGCCGAGGCUGCCAUCGCCAAGGUCGAGGCGCAGCUCGAGCACGAGAUCGAUUCGUACCGCAAGCAGCUCAAGCUGACCUCGGCCAAGUGUGCGUGGAAGCAUCUCGGCACCAAGGACAUUUUCCAGAUCGAAGUGCCUGUCUCCACGAAGGUGCCGGCCAACUGGACGAAGCUGAGUGGCACCAAGGACCGCAACCGCUGGUACUCGCCCAAGGUGCGCGAUCUGGUGCAGGACAUCAAGGAGGCACGCGAGACGCGCCUCGCCGCUCUCAAGCAGUUCCACCAGAGUCUCUUUGCGAGCUUCUCGGAGCAGAGCGAUGUCUUCCUGCAGGCCGUCAAGACUGUGGCCGAGGUCGACUGCCUGCUCUCGUUGGCCAAGUCGUCGUACGCGAUCGGCGAGCCGUCGUGCCGACCCGAGCUGGUGGAGCACGAGACGGCGCUGCUCGAGUUCGAAGAGUUGCGACACCCGUGCAUCGCUGGCGAGAACGUCGACUUUAUCCCGAACGACAUCCGGCUGGGCGGCAAGAACGACGAGGUGGCCAUCCUGACCGGAGGCAACAUGGCGGGCAAGAGCACUACGGCGCGCACCAGCGCCACCGCGGUGAUCCUGGCGCAGCUGGGAUGCCGUGUGCCCGCGGCCAGCGCGCGCCUGUCGCCGGUGGACCGCAUCGCGUCGCGCAUGGGCGCCAACGACCAGAUCUUCCGCAACAACAGCACGUUCAUGGUCGAGAUGCUCGAGGCGUCGCGCAUCAUCAAUGAGUGCACGCCGCGCUCGCUGGUCAUCAUGGACGAGCUGGGACGAGGCACGAGCACGUUUGACGGCCAGGCGAUCGCCUUUGCAGUGCUGCACCACCUCGUCAGCCGAACGCGCUGCCUCACCUUCUUCCUCACGCACUACACGAAUCUGGCGUACGACUUUGACUCGUACUCGCGCGUCAGCAACAAGCACAUGCAGGUGCUCGUCGACGACGCCAAGCGCGAAGUCAUCUUUACAUACCGGUUGGUGGAUGGCAUCGCCGAGUCUUCGUACGGCACUCAGGUGGCCGCGCUUGCUGGUGUGCCGCACGAGAUCUGCGACCGUGCUGCGGCGGUGUCGAAGCAGUUUGCGGAUGCCACCAAGGCGAGCCAGGCCGAGAAGAAGGGCAGCGCGAUCCCGCUUGCGCUGCUGAGCGACUUUGUGCACCUGGUCAAGCUGGCCAAGCAAGAGGCGCCUGCCUCGAGCGAUCGAAACGCCGAAGCCAAGGCACGCGCGACGCUGUCGCAGCUCGACAUCAUCCGCUCGCAAGUAGCUGCGCUGAGCAAGAGAGCUGCUCCCGCCCCCCUGACUUCUGGUAUCCCUGCUGGAAGCGAGGAACGGACCGAUGCUACGGGUCAGCCAAGCGAGCCGGUGCGAACGGCUGCUAAAAAGGUGACGACAUACGCUGGACGCAAUCGACGAGCGCUGACGGAGGAUCCGUUGGCACCGACGAAUCUGGUUUCGAGCAACGCGGACGAGGACGAAGCGAUGCCAAAAGCUCAAAGCAGUCCGAUCCUCGGUGCCACGCUUACGCCGUUGUUCCCGACGAUGCGGGCAGCAAAGACUGCGAAUCGCAAGGCUGGCCCCAAGCCGGCGUCGACAAGUUCAGCACGGGAGCCAGAGCAGCUGAUUCUCGACCUAGGCCAGCGGAUUCGAAUCCGGUGUGCAGAGUGCGACAUGCAGUACGAUUCGUCGUCGGCCGAGGACUGUACGCUGCAUGCGCGCCACCACGAGCGCACCGUACGCGGGUUGGACUGGAGCGCCAAGGCGCUUGCAGUAUGGGGUGAGCCGGUCGCGCAAGUGACGCUUACGAGGCCAGCAACCAAGACCGCCCUGCGCGGAAAGCAAGUCAGAGGAGGAGCGACAGGCCAGUCGGAAGCGGUCACGAUCCGAUGCUACGACAUGGCGACUCUCAAAGACGCCGUUGCGAAUCGCAAGAUCACGGAGCUGUUGGAGACGGUGGAUGAAGCGUUGGGAGCAGCCGCGAUGGAUGCAGCUAGCGUACGGACGUGCAAGGUGCUGGUAGCAGUGUGUGAGGGCAGAGCAGCAGGUGCAGCGGUCGUAGGACGGGUGCCUGCAGGCCAGGCGCGCGAGGUGCUGCCAUCGAACACGGACAAGGAGAACUGCACUACCGAUGAAGCUGAAUCGACACGGGCAGGGACGGUAUGGAACGAUGCGGGCGACGCGAUCUUUGUGUCGGAUGCGUUGUCGGCCUCGCAGACGCCGCCGGUCGGGGUUCAUCGCAUCCACGUGAUUGCGAGCUGGCGGCGUACGGGGAUGGCGAGCGCGCUGCUGGAUGCAGCCGCCGACAACAGCGUGUAUGGCUUUGACCUGCAGGGGCUCAUCAGGACGUACGGCAGCCGCGCAAAGGCAGUGGCGUUCAGCCAGCCCACCGAAGCCGGCCGCCAGCUGGCCGAGGCGUGGAUCCGCAAAGGCGCGCCCUCGACGACGAGCAGCCCCACACGUCUGAUUGUCUUUGAGGCGUGA